CACUGCUGGGCUGCACUGGUGGGUGGCACUGGUGGGCAGCACUGGUGGGCUGGGCACAGGUGGGUGGCACUGGUGGGCAGCACUGGUGGGUGGGCACAGGUGGUGGCACAGGUGGGUGGGCACAGGUGGGUGGCACUGCUGGGCACAGGUAGGUGGCACUUCUGGGCACAGGUGUGUGGACACUGCAGAGUGGCACAGGUAGGUGGCACUGCUGGGCACAGGUGGUGCACUGCUGGGCACAGUGGCACGGAGCUAGUGGGCGCACUGCUGGGCACAGGUGGGCGGAACUUGUGGGUGGCACUGCUGGGCACCGAUCAUCAGGGCACUGAUCAUCAGUGGCCCUGACGAUCGGUGCCGAUCCUCGCUCUGACAACUGCCGGUUCUCGGCAGUACUUUCCUCACGAUCUGACAGCGUGAGGAAACGUGUCAUUGGACACCGCUGAUCAC